UGAUUAAACCAAAAGUGGGACUGAAGCCAGUAGGUGGAAGUGAUUAGAAUAAACCUGGCUCUAGACCAGAGUCCAGGGUUUGAAAUCAGCUCAUAGGAAAACAGCAGAUCAGCAACCAAUGAGAACCAAGAGAAAGGUCAUAAAUGUGAUAAUCCCGAAAAAGCUUCUGUUCUCUUGUCAACAUGAUCAAACAUGUUUGCUGCCACAUGAGAAGGAACUGAAGUUUUACUACAGAGAAGAACUUUUGGCUACUGGUUUUUAAAGAAUCCCUGUGGAAUAGUGUGAGGAGAAAAACGAGUUUGACUGGAUUUGUUGACAUUUGUGGCAUGGUGAAACUGCACAAAGAUCCUUUGAAGAAUGUAACCCAGUUUCUAAAAAACAGAAGCAUUGGACAUCUGAAAAAAAAAACAAAGGCUUUGGGAUUCCUGAAACAGUUUCAUCAUGUUGCAUGUGGAUUUCAGAUCACUGAUUCAGCCUAUUGGCAUUGUUCGGAUGGUGGCGGUGGUUCUAACAUGCAUCUGCUUUGCAUUGGCGGCAUCAGCGGGAAUCCCGACUGAAGCCAAGUCCCAUUGGGCUUGGUGCAUGUUCUGCUGGUGCUUCUGCUGUUUCACAACCCUCCUGAUCCUCAUUUUGGAGUUUACCAACCUGAACACCAAAGUGCCCAUUUCCUGGGAAGACUUCACCAUGGCUUUUGCUAUGUUGGCUACACUUAUGAUGUUCACCAUUGCGAUCAUCUACCCCACGUUCUUCGCCAGCUCCUCCAACUCCAGGCAGAUCGGGGCGUCUGUGGUGUCCUGGUUGUGUUUUGGGCUGUACGCCGGCGAGGUCUGGUUGGUCCACAAAAGGCCUUGUGAAACGAGCGGCUUUCUCACCACCGUUCCCGGUCUCCUCAAGAUCCUGGAGACAUUCAUCACCUGCAUCAUAUUUAUGUCUUUGAGUCCCGUCGAAUAUAGAAAGUCUCCGGGAACAGAGUGGUGCGUGGCCGUCUACUCCUUAUGCUUCAUUUUUUCAUUGCUGAUUAUUUUCGUCACCAUCGCCAAACUGGCUUCCAUCUUUCCAUUUUCUUUUGACUAUGUAGUCAUUAGCUUCAACAUCCUGGCUGUGGCUAUGUACGCAACUGCUGUUGUUAUCUGGCCGCUGUAUGCAUUUAAAAAUAACUCACGUCCAGCAGAUUGUAAAAGCUGUCCAUGGGAUGAUCUGGUGGUGGUGACCUUCAUGACCGUCAUUAACUUCUUAGUAUACAUUGGAGAUAUGGCCUACUCUGUUAAAAUAGUAUUCUUUACCCAACAUGGGCAAGAGUAACCCAUGCCAUAUCUUUGGUUUAACAUGAAAAAAUAAUGUAUGUAACAUGAGUAAGGAUGUUAUUGUAUACAGAGCGGACAUAUUUCACUAUUCAAAGGUAAAUGUGGCCGCACCCUAUUCAGUCACAUUAUGUACAGAAAAGAAGAACCUGCUACCGGUCCAACAGUUGCACUUUAUUUUACAGUAUGUGUACUUACAUGUACUUAUAGUGUAUUUAUCCAAGAAAGUUCUAGGAAUACAAGGUAACUACAUGGUAUAGGGUUAGGUUAAGGGGUAGGUUCAGGGUUAGUACCUUACAAAGGUAUUGUAAUUACCAUAAUAAGUACAUAGUAUGUAGAGUACUGUAAAAUAAAGUGCUUCCAGUACAACAGUAAGGUAUCGAUUGACGUUACUCCGCAAUAAUAUACUUGACUGUAAAUUGGUACAGUGCUUUUUAUUUUUUGUUACCAAUAUGUUAGCAAUCUUAUUUUUGUCUGUUGUUGUACAUUUUCACAGAAAGCCGAAAGGUUGUAUGAUGUGAGAAAUAUUCAGAGACAAUCAGAAGUUUUUGAGAUUUUGUAGCUGGUUUUAAUCUAAAACC